AUGGCUACGUUUCGUGCGCUUAAUUCAGCGAGCAGAGGACGAGGACGAGGCCGGGAUGCGUCCCGCGCCGCCAUAUUCUCCCACGCGGGGGAGGACAGUAGCGGGAACGUAGCGCCUGGGAGCUCGCUAGCGGCGGAUACGGAGAAGCUGUACUUUGAUAGCUACGCGAACUUAGGAAUUCACCAGGAGAUGAUCCAGGUGUACGCCAUUGAUGCCAGUGACAUUGCCAUUCAUGCACAGCAGGUGGUGCAGGCCAAUGGGCUGGCUGACGUCAUCACGGUCUUGCACAAGAGAGUCGAG